AUUAGAGUGACCGUAUAAGAACAGAACCCUGUCAGCAUCAGUAAGCAUCUGGCUGCGCAAGUCAACCAGGAUUACCCAAUCUCCAGGGUUGAUAGACUGCUAGAGGUGUGAUGCCUGGUCUGGUGUUAGUGACUAGUAUACUAGGCCUUCUCGUAAAGAUGGCCAUGCCUAUGUGCAUCCCAACAGCAUACACUCUGUACAUAGAGAAGCCAGAGUGUGACUACUGUGUGGCUGUGAACACCACCAUCUGUAUGGGCUUCUGUUUUUCCAGGGACAGUAAUAUAAAGGAGCUGGUUGGGCCACGCUUCCUGAUCCAGAGAAGCUGCACCUAUGAGGAGGUGGAGUACCGCACCGCUGUUCUCCCUGCCUGCGCGCCGCACGCAGAUCCUCACUUCACCUACCCCGUUGCUGGCCGCUGCCACUGCAGCACGUGUAACACGCGCAGUGACGAGUGUGUCCACAAAGCCGGCCAUGCAGCAGCCAAAUGCUCUAAGCCGGUACGACAUUUGUACGCCGACCCUGCGGCGAGUGACCACACCCAGCUGUUUGAGUAAUACUUUUUGAGUGACACUGUUAUUGCAGUAAAUUUCUCAUUUGGGCGUCAGCCUGCACCCCGGAAGCCUAAAUCUGUGUGUGUGUGGGGGGGUGUGCCAGAUCUGUGCAUGUAAUAAAAAGAGAUGUAAUAAAAGCAUUCUUGUAUGUA